AUGUGCGGCUCCGCUGAGCAGUCGCCCUCCACGAGAAGUAGACCACGCUAUCUACAGCAGCGCCUCGAUACCCAGCGCAGGGAUUCGCCUCUUAUCGGGUUUGUUCCCCCCUCAAACAUCCUUUUGAUCCGUUGCCGCUGAAUCGUCGGUGUAGCUGAAACCGGCUGCAGGAUGUCCUCUGUCCCCGACAUCUCCAAUGUGCUCUUCACCACCCUGGCCCCACUGGGCUCGGCCGAACCAGGAACCCUUGGCGGAGGUCUGUCUCUGGAGCCCAACACCACCUACUGCCAGCAGUGGGAGGAGGCCCACCACCUUCUCUUCCACCUGGGGAACCUGUCCUUGUUGUUGGGUCUGAUCAUCCCCACCACCCUGGCCCUGCACAUGAUUCUGCUACGCCUCUUCCUGAUGACAGGAUGCGGCCUCUUCAUUGCCUGGGCGACACUAUACAGAUGUAACCUGGAUGUGAUGGUUUGGAACGUGGUCUUCCUGGUGGUCAAUUUUUUGCACUUCUUCUUUCUCCUGUACAAACGCAGGCCAAUUAAGAUCGACAGGGAGUUGAGGUCGGUGUACAAGCGGAUGUUUGAGCCCCUCCAUGUGCGGGAGGCUCUGUUCCAGAGGCUCACAGGCCAGUUCUGCACCAUCCAAACACUGAAAAAAGGCCAAGUGUACGCUGCCGAAGAUAAGACCUCUGUGGAUGAGCGCCUCAGCAUCCUCCUCAAAGGAAAGAUGAAGGUGUCAUAUCGAGGCCACUUUCUCCACAACAUCUAUACAAAUGCCUUCAUUGACUCCCCUGAGUUCAGAUCAACGGAGAUGCACAGAGGGAAGAAGUUCCAGGUGACCAUCAUGGCAGAGGAGAACUGUAAGUUCCUGUGUUGGUCCCGGGAGAGGCUCACCUACUUCCUGGAAUCCGACACGUUCCUGAAUGAGGUGUUUCGGUACCUCAUUGGCAAAGACAUCACCAACAAACUUUACUCUCUCAAUGACCCAACGCUCAGCGAUAAGGCAGUGAAGAAGAUGGACCGCCAGCCCAGCCUGUGCUCCCAGCUCUCCAUGAUGCAAAUGAGGAACAGCAUGGCGAGCACCGGAGACACCGAUGAUGUUCUGAACCAGAUCUUACGAGGAGGCUCCACCGGCUCCUCUCUUCAAAAAUCCCCUGGCACCAAGGUCUCCUCAGCGAUGAAACCCAUAGAGGAAGGCAUGGAGGAUGAUGUUUUUGAAGCGGAAGCAUCGCCUUCUAACUCCCGCCAUAUUCCUGGAACAUCCACUGAGGAGGUGUAGGGACACAAUUUAACAUCAAAUGAUGCUGUCACACAGGAUUGUUUAGCUAAUUUAAGUCCCUUAACCCCUUUGACCAUUUAUUCUUCCGUUUACUCUUGUAAUCCUCGAGAGAAAACGGCAAAAAACGCAAAAAGAAAAAAAAGCUGGCGUUUGUUUCUAGUAAACAUAACUGGUUGACUUCUUCUUCUUCUGUGAAAAUGUGUUAAAGUGAGCAUUUUUUAAUUAAAUAUUUUGAUUACAAGCAAGACAUUUGCUUAUGUUAUUUUGGCACAAACUACUUUUUUUAAGGUGUGAUAACACUCAAGGAAAUUGUUAUUGAGGAAUAUUUUUCAGAUUGCAUGGACUUAUUCAGUGAUUUAAUGUUGUGUUUUUACUGUGUUACGAUACAAACCACUGCACCUUUUUAUUUCAUUUUAGUAUUUGGAGUGGAACGUCUUGUCCUGCUGCACACUGUUUGCAUCAGUUACACUCACUGUUACAGCCUAUUAAA